CAGUUUUUCCUUAUCAAAUGUUUGUUUUGUGCAGCAGAAUAGAUAAGAUACUAAACAGCGUCCUGUUUUUUAUAUUUUUUGUGCUUUAUCACUUCUUAGAUAGACAGUUUAACAUUAGACACUCUUAAGGACUAACAAAUCAGUAUUAAUUUGUGUAAUGUGAUAAAGUAAUGAGUUAAAAUGAAUUUAAUUCAAACACAAAUUGUAUCAAUAGUCUCGCUAGGCUUAGCAAGCAUAUUCGUUGGACUGAUACCAGCAAGUUUCGCGAAUCGUGGUAGGCAACAGUGGCCGCUGUUGCUUUCCAGCCUCUUAUGCUUUGGAGGAGGUGUGCUUUUAUCCACAUCUUUGGUCCAUAUACUCCCUGAAGUUAGAGAGGUAGCUCCCAAAGAAUACAAACCGUACACGGAGUUAGUAUUCUGUGGAGGCUUCUUUAUUUUGUACAUGAUAGAUGAAAUUGUUCACUAUUUCUAUGGCGACACUCAGGAGGCAAAUAUCUUGCAUAAUUCGCAUAAACCCAACCCUACACAUCGAAGACAUUCUACCACUUACGGAGCUACAGAAAGAAAUUCGUUACUGACGCCUCAGCAACAACCUCCAUAUAACCCCUCAUUUCACAGGGUGAGAAGUGAUAGUGUGUUGUUUGUAGACAAUGCCCCUUCGCAGUUGUGUCACGUUGGACACCAGGAACCCUGUCACACAGCGCCUACUGCCAAUGUAGGCCUUCUGGUGGCGUUGUCGGUGCACGCUUUGUUGGAAGGAUUGGUAGUGGGGCUGGAGGAUCUGUCGGGGAAGGUGUGGCUUAUGCUUGGAGCAAUUGCCUCUCACAAAUUGGUUGUGGGUUUCUGCCUGGGAAUGGAACUUGCGUCUAGUCCAACGAUCAAAUUCUGCAGGCAUUUUGUAUAUAUAUUCAUUUUUACGUUAGGAUCUAUAAUUGGUAUCAUUAUCGGAAUGUUCAUUACAAAUAUUCCAAGUGGACUGAAAGAUAUAGCUAUACCUCUAUUACAGGCUCUUGCUGGAGGUACUCUUUUGUAUGUGACUGUGAGUGAAGUGCUACCAAGAGAAAGAGCACGGUGGCAUCAGCAGCAUGAGAAAAGAAGAGCCGGUAUAUGCCAAUUUUUGUCUGUCAUUAUAGGAUUUGUACUUAUGACUGCACUUAGCAAAUACCUAGAUCUUGAUGGAUGAAGAAGCGUUUUAUCAAUAGGUUUUAUUAAAAUGACUAAACAAAUAUAGAUUUUAUUUAAUUAUUUUGAUUUUGUGUAUGUUUCUAUUGU